AUGGACGUGGUGUCUACUCUUGAUGCAAUCAAACCAGAGUCUUUCAGCACUGACGCUGAUCGCUACGCAGCAAAGCAGGCUGCCUUUAGGCUUCUCUCAAGACUACAGACACCCUUCGAGCGGUCAUGGGCAUUGUCAUUCGAAACACCAGUAUUGGUAGCUGGCCUGCAAACCUGCCAAGAUCUUGGUAUCUGGGCCACAUGGUCAGAAAUCGACAAGGUAGAUGAAGGAGCGCCGCAAAGCCUGGACAGCAUUUUGACGAUGUCCAACUCCAAGGUUGAUCCAAACCUUCUCCGUCGUUUGUUAAGGCACAUGGCCGCUCUCCAUAUUCUUGAGGAAACAGGAGCCGACAUGUGGAAACCUACGCCAUUUUCGUUGGCGAUGGGAGAUAGGGUUUCUUACAUUGACCAGACUGUUCAGUGUGGACUUGACCAUACCAUACCGACGGGUGUCAACCUACCUAAAUUCCUCGCGAAGCAUGAGUACCAAGAACCUGUUGACAAGUCAAAAUUCGACAAUUACUGCGAUUUGUUUGGGAAUGACUUCUUUGCUUACUGCCAAAAGAACCCAGGCGCAGGUGGAAGUUUCAUCGGACUGAUGACCGCCCUUAGGAACCACAAAAUGGACUGGACAGAGGUCUACGAUACAAACAAGCUGUUUCAGGAGGCAAAGGCUCAGGAAGGGGUCCCUUUCUUUGUUGAUGUAGGCGGCGCACACGGUCUCGACACGGCUAGAAUACUGGCGAAGCAUCCUGAAAUGCCUGCGGACUCCCUUGUCGUCCAAGACCUGCCAGACGUUAUCGCAUUGCACGCGAAGGAGAAGCUUGAUAGCCGCAUCAAACAGAUGUCGUACGACUUCUUCACCCCUCAGCCGGUUGAGGGUGCCAGAGCAUACUUCUUUCAUGCUGUUCCCCAUGACUGGCCAGACGCCGAUUGCGUGAGGAUCUUUGAGCAGGUCAAGGCGGUAAUGAAACGAGGCUUCUCAAAGGUGCUCAUUUAUGAGAUUGUGUUGCCUCCCCAAGGGGCGACGAGUCUCAUGACAACCAUGGACUUACAAUUAAUGAACUGCACUUCUGGUUUUGAGAGGACAGAAGAUCAUUGGAAGAAACUUCUGAGUAGUGUUGGACUCAAGGUCGUGAGUAUUUCAAGCCAUCCUAGAGCUCUCGAAGGCGUUAUUGAGGCAGAGCUCGUAUGA